AUGCAAAGAAAAGCGAAACAACAACAAGAAAAGAAUGAUCGAAACGGUGACGGCGGUGUUAUGACAGUAACACAGGAAAAAAGAAAAAAGGGUAGAACAGAGCUGGGAGAGGAAGGGUCAGGGCGCAGGGGUGAAUUUGCCUUAGGACCUCCUCUCUUAUACUGUGAGUUAAUGAGAAGUUCGACAACUAAAAUUGUCCCCAAACUUAAAUACUCUGGAGGUUUUUCUAUUCCUUGUGUUAUUGGUGAUAUGAGUUUUGAACGUGCUUUGUGUGAUCUUGGGGCUAGUGUAAGCCUCAUGCCUUUGUCAGUUUGUAAGAAUCUUGAUGUGGGUGAGUUAAAAUCCACAAACAUUUCCUUACAGUUAGUUGAUCGAUCUAUCAAGUAUCCGGUGGGAAUAUUAGAGGAUGUUCCUAUCAAAGUAGGACAAUUGUUUAUAUCGGCUUAUUUUGUGGUGUUAGAAAUGGAAAAUGACUCCCAAGUCCCAAUUCUUCUUGGGAGAACUUUUCUAGCCACAUCAGGAGUUGUUAUUGAUGUGAAACAUUGGAAGUUUGUCUUCAAUGUGGGUGAUGAAAAUGUUGAAUUUAAUUUGUCUAACCUUAUGAAAAGUCCUUCUCUUGAAGAUUCUUGUUGUAGGGUCGAUUUAAUUGAUCAUUGUGUUAAGGAGUGUCAUGUAGGACCACUCUCGCAAGACGGGUUGGAAGCAUGCUUGAUUGGAAGCACAAGUCAUGAAGACUUGGCAAAGGAAGCUGAUGCAUAUGCUAACUUGUUGGAUGAAAAUCCUCCUCUUCCAAACUUAAAUUUUGAUGCAUUAGCAGCAGAAAAUUCAGCACCUCUCCCAAAAGAGGCUCCACAAGUAGAACUUAAGCAUUUGUCCUCAAAUCUCAAGUAUGAAUUCUUUGGAAAAAAUUCUACAUUUCCUGCCAUUGUAAGUGCUGAAUUAAAUGGUGAAGAAACUGAAAAAUUACUUUGA